AUGGAGGAGGCAGAGGAUGACAUAGCUGUAAUUGGGAUUGGAUGCAAUUUCCCUGGAGGUGAAGGUUUGGACAAGUUCUGGAGGGUUUUAUUGGAGGGAAAAAACUGUGUUGUAGAUAUUCCAGCAGAAAGGUUUGACACAACUUUCUGGUACGACCCUGAUGAUAGCAAAGCUGGAAAGAUACAGACAACCAAAGCUGCUCUUAUAGAUGGGUUUAAUGAGUUUGAUCACAAGUUUUUUGGCAUUACUGAAGCAGAGGCUGAUUUCAUGGACCCUCAGCAGAAACUUCUUCUUCAGUGCACAUACAGAGCAUUAGAAGAUGCCGGGAUGCCAAUGGAGUGCAUCAGUGGAAGCAGAACUGGAGUUUAUAUAGGUCUUAUGAACAGGGAUUACGAGAUGCUUCGAAGCAACAGCCAUACCACAAUAAAUCAUUACCAUGGCACUGGAACAGCCAUGAGUGUUGCAGCCAACAGAAUUUCCUUCAGCUUUAAUCUCACUGGCCCCUCUUUUGCCAUUGACAGUGCCUGUUCCUCUUCUUUGGUGACACUACAUAUUGCCUGCCAGGCUAUAAAGCAAGGAGACUGUGAGAUGGCUUUGUGUGGAGGGGUCAGCUGCAUCAUAGAGCCAAGAGUGUUUGUUGCUCUCAGUAAGGCGAAGAUGAUCUCACCUGAGGGGACCAGCAAACCUUUUUCCAGUAAAGCAGAUGGCUAUGGUAGAGGAGAGGGUUGUGGGGUUGUUCUCCUGAAGCCGCUGAAAAAGGCUAUACAAGACUGCAACAAAGUUUGGGGUAUCAUCAGCAAAACAGCCGUAAACCAAGAUGGACACUCUGUUACCCCAAUCACUAAACCCUCCAUGGUUCAACAAGAGGAGCUGCUGCGGUGUAUCUACUCAGAGUGUGACCGUGCAAAUGUCCAGUACAUAGAGGCACAUGGUACUGGGACCCCAGUUGGAGACCCGACAGAGGCAGGAAGCAUCUCAAACGUCAUUGCUAAAGCCAGACCUCCUAGUGCAGAAAGACUGCGGAUUGGCUCUGUGAAGGGUAACAUUGGACACACAGAAUCUGCCGCUGGAGUGGCAGGACUCAUUAAGGUCCUCUUAAUGAUGAAGCAUGAAACCAUAGUUCCCUCAGUUUUCUACACUGAAGACUGUUCAAGAGUAGAUGUAAAAACUCUGAGUUUAAGUAUUCCGACUAAAGCUGAAAAGUGGAAGACAAAUGCAUCGUUUAAGAGGGUAGCUGGCAUCAACAGCUUUGGAUUUGGAGGCACAAAUGCACAUGUGAUUGUUAGAGAGUAUAGACGGACUGCAGAUCCUACAGAGAUCUCAAAAGGCUGUCCAAAAGUCUUUGUAAUAUCUUCAGCCUCUGAGAAAUCAUUAAUCCUAUCCAUCACUGAUACUCACCAAAGACUUUGCAGCGAUCAAACAGUUGACUUGCAGGCAUUGUCGUACACCUCAGCAUGCAGAAGGAGUCAUAACAAACACAAAUAUAGGAAGACCUUCCUAACAUCUUCUAUCCCAGAUUUACAGUAUCAGCUGACGUCCGCACUGAAAACAAAAGUUGAGCCAACAAAGUCAGACCUCCAGGUGUUGUUUGUGUUUUGUGGAAAUGGGGUUGCCUACAGAAGUAUGUGCAAGCAGCUGUUGAGAGAGGUUCCUGUUUUCAGAGAUAAAAUCAGAGAAGUUGAGAAUCUCUUCCAGAGUCAUAAAAGUAUCAGCAUCAGCCGAUGGCUUGCUGGUGACUAUGAUAAUGAUGAUUUCAGUAAGCCAGAUGUUGUCCAGCCUAUUCUUUUUGCUGUCCAGGUUGGCAUUGCUACUCUCCUAAAGCAUUGGGGUGUCAAACCUGACGCUGUACUCGGUCACUCUGUGGGUGAGGUUGCUGCUGCUCACUUUUCUGGCCUCUUGUCUCUUGAGGAUGCUGUUAAAGUGUUGUACCACCGCAGUACUCUUCAAAGUAAGGUCACAGGAGGGAAAAUGCUUGUGGUCAGUAAUGUGGCUGUGGAAAAGGUAUUAAAAAUCCUUCAAGUCCUCUCUGGAAAAAUUUGCAUAGCUGCUUUCAAUAGCCCUCAGUCAUGCACCCUGUCAGGAGAUGCAGAUGCUAUAGACAUCCUCCAUGAAAGGCUGAAGAUUAUGUUCACAGCUGAAAAUAUCUUCCUCCUUGUAUUAGAUGUUCCAGCAGCAUACCAUAGCCAUAUGAUGGAUCCUAUUGUAGAUGACAUUGAGAGAAGCCUAGAUGGUUUGGCAGUCAACAACCUGACGUGCAAACUUUAUUCAACAGUGACUGGAGACAGAUAUUUGGAUGGUGACUUUAGCACAGGCAGGUACUGGGCAAAAAAUAUCCGAGAACCUGUUUUAUUUGAACAAACCCUGCGUGCUGCCACCAAAGACAAGCAAUCAAGAAGAAACGCGGUCUUUGUGGAAAUUGGACCUCGCAGAGCUCUCCAUAGGAACAUACACGAGACUGUGGGAAAUGACUCCAUAGUUCUUUCCUCUGUCCAGCCAGAGAAAGAGUAUGAACAGAUAUUGUCUACAAUAGCAAAACUAUUUGAACUGGGCAUCAAUGUGCACUGGCAUGAGCUCUACAGAGGUUGCAAGACAUUGCCUACAGCCCUCCCAAUCUAUCAGUUCGACAACACAAAGAAAGAAUUGUGUUUUGAAGCUGUGAGAAAAGGUGAUGAAUCAUCUACUUUUUCUCCCCAUAUGCUCAUAUCCCCAAUAAAGAGGGAAAACAAAGAGUACAUGUGCAACCUCUCAUUAGAGUCUGUACCGUAUCUUUGGGAGCAUAAAAACAAUGGCGUUUCCAUUGUGCCAGGCACGCUUUAUGUUGAACUAGCUUAUGCCUCAGUGAUGGCAAGUUUAAAGCCAAAGAAGCCUGUUUCCUUGCUGCAGCUCAGUGUGAACUUUCAGAAUCUGUUUACACUCAGCUCUAAUUGUCAUCAGUUGAAAGUGACACUUGAGAAUGAAGCUUCAUUCAAAAUACAGUCGCCUGUGGCCACACAUGCCUCUGGCACCUACACAUGUACAGAGGGACAACCAGUUUUAGAGGAGUCAACCAUUUGUCUUGACAUGAUAUCCCAAAGGUGCAGAUUGAAUAUGAAGAGAGAAGAGAUUUAUUCCAUUCUUUCUCAGGCAGGAUUUGAGUAUGGUGCUGUCUUCAGACAGCUUGAUAAUGUGUGUUUUGGAGAUGAAUUCAAGGAAGCUAUGACAACAAUUAAAGUACCCAGAGAACUUCUAAAACAUCUCCAUGACUUUUUUGUCCACCCUGUGUUACUGGACUAUUUCCUGCAAAUGACUGCAGUAGUAGCUAUCGGACAGCUAACAGCCAAGCAAGGAUUCCCCUCAGCUAUUGGUAGUGUCACUGUAUCAGGACCACUACAUGACGAAAUGUUCAUGUACUUACGAGCCACUCAAGAAACUCCAGACUUCCUUGAUGUAUGUGGUUGCUUUUCCACAACAGAGGGAAAAGUAUUGGUGGAACUUAAGGGGGUGAGGAUCACAUUUUUGAGCAGUUGCUCAAAUGUUCCUCAUUCAGUGUUCUUCCAUAAUGAAAUGAUUGCAAUCCCUGACAAGACAGAAUUCAACUUGAAAAUAAAGGCAUUAGUUUUUGAAGACAAACUGGGCAUUGCUAAAGCACUUAGGCCAUACAUGCACCCAGAGUCAACCACUGUGGAGAGCAGACUGCAUUGGAUGUCAAACCAAAUUCAAGAUUUAGUGUUUCAGUCUCUAAACACUAAUGUGAAAGAAGUUCUCUUCAUUUGGGCUGUAGACGACAUCAGUCACUUAUCAUCUGAAAAGAUGCUGGAAUGCUUGGUGACUUGCUGUGAACUAUUUCGACAGGUUGUUUUAGCCUUGAAAGAGAGCAAACGCCCUUACACUGUCCGUGUCAUAACCUAUAGAUCAACAGAAAUGACUGUGAACCAUAUCAGUCCUGGUUUUGUGCUGUCUGGUAUGACAAGGGCUUGUGCAGCAGAGAUGGUGGGUCUCUCUUUUCAGCUAAUUGACCUUGCUUCUGUGACGAGUGAGGACAUUCAAACACUGGUUCAUGUAAUAAACACUUGCAAACAACAAGAGAUCAUGGUCAGCAAAGGACAGGUAUCAGCAACAAGAAUAGAACAAACCCCCAUAAGGAACAGGGUUUCAUCUGAGGGUGAUAUGCACUCUGUGUAUCUGAGGAAUUUUGUCCUGCAGACCACUAAUCCAUACAGAAUGACAAGCUUGUCCGCUAUUCCAUCUGACACAAAUGACAAUCCUGUCCUGGAAAGAUCAGUUGAGGUUCAGCUAACCAAUGUAUGUGUGCAUUCGUCUGAUUACUUCCCUGUCACCCUUUCACAUUUUCAUUUUGACAAGACGUUAUAUUGGAACAAGCAUGCAUCACACAAUCACAAGCUUCUGGCUUUAGAUUUUAGUGGUAUUGUCACAGCUGUUGGGAAAGAUGUGCAUAAUCUAAGAGUGGGAGACCAUAUUGCUUCAUGUUAUCCAGUGGCUGCCACUGGGAAGGUUAUAGUACCUGAAGCUGCAUGUCACAGCACAAAGAGACUCCCAUUCCUGAAAGAGACGCCAUGCAUGUCUUACUUCAUACUGGCAUGGGAGAUCCUGAAGAGAAUGCUACUUACAGUAAAACCGCAGCACAGAAAAUUGGCUAUUAUCACUUCCAACUCAGCCUCUGCUCUGUUAAAAGUUUUGGCUGUGACAGCAAACAAGUCAGGAUGGAAUGUGUCUUGCCUGUCCCAUUUCAGAAGAGAAUCUCAAAAUAUUGAUUCGUAUCGCGCAUUUGUUAUUCUGCCUCCAUUUGAUCAGUCCUGGCAGGAAGUACAUGACAGUGGCAGCCAUGAGAGACAUAUUAUUUUUGUGUGUAGUACUCAAAUGUCAUCUUCAUUCUCAGCAAAUAUGUUUGCACCCAAGAGUGACAUUGUGCAUGUGCAUAAAUUUGACGUGGCCGAAGUUCUUCAGAGACCCAAUCUACUAGCACAAAAAACGAAUGUCUUUAACUGGCUACUGUCAUUAGGCCUUGAUACAUUAUCUCUGCCUCUCAAAAGGGAGACAUUUCAAAUAUCAAGCACAGAAGGACCUCCCGCUGAUGCAGAUGCUGAGUACUUAUCGUACUUUACCACAAAGACAGUGCAGCAAGUGGUUUUAGAGCACACAGAAUCCUAUUGUCCAGUGUCAGAUAUCCCUUUGCUUACCAGGCCGAAACAGCCAUUUAAGAAAAGCUGUGUUUAUAUUGUAACUGGAGGGCUCACAGGUUUGGGACUUGAGACAGUAAAGUUCAUUGCUCGUAAUGGCGGAGAUUGUAUUGCAACGUUGUCCAGAAGUAUUCUGACAGAUGAAAUGCAAUUAGAAAUGGAUCUCCUCCAGAAAAGAUACGGGGUUGCUAUCAUGAAUGUCCAGUGUGAUGUUUCUGUGUCGAUGCAGGUGGUGGAGGCAAUUUCAGAAAUUGAAAAAAGAUUCUCUUCCUGUGCAAUCAAAGGAGUGUUUCACAGUGCUGCAGUGUUACACGAUGCAUUGAUUGAGACCCUUGAUCAGACCCUCUUCCGAAAGGUUUUGCAGCCCAAAGUGAGUGGGGCUUUAAACCUUCACUAUGCAACACUUCAUAAGAAACUCGACUUCUUUGUGUGCUACUCUUCCAUCUCUUCAUUUAUUGGCAAUGCCUCACAAUGUAACUAUGCAGCGGCCAAUUCAUUCCUCGACACAUUAUGUCAUUAUCGGAGGAACCUUGGGCUUGCUGGCCAGUCCAUCAACUGGGGUCCUUUGAACCUUGGUCUCCUGUUGAACAAACACCAUUUCCAAAAGUUCCUGGAGGCAAAAGGGAUGAUGAUAAUGGAUGUUUGUGAGGUUCAUGAGGCACUCAAAAUGUGUCUUCUAUUGAACAGACCUCAGCAAGUCAUUUGCAAGUUCAACUUCAAGAAACUUUAUGAUCAUGUUCUUUCACAAAAUGCGUCUCUCAGAGAACGACUGUCAGCUUUAGUUGAAGUUGAGCUUAAAAAUGACAUAAGCAAUGAACCCACGAUUCAGCAUUUGUCCUCUACACGUGAAAGUGUGAGAACAAUUGUCAGUGACAUAAGCAAUGUUAGUGUAGAUGAGCUGGAUGAUGAUGCCACUCUCUAUGCACUGGGGAUUGACUCGAUGUUGGCCAUGACUCUACAGAACAACAUUUUCCAAGAGACUGGUGUGAAUAUACCUUUGGUUCGAAUAUUGGACCCCAACUGCACACUGGCCACUUUGACAACGUAUGUAAUGAAUGAUGGAUAA